AUGCGAGCAACACCUACCAUUGACCAAUUCCUCUCGGAGGUUGGUCGGAUUGUCAAAAGCAAGAAUGGAGCUAUGUUGCAGGACUACCUCGUCCUCGAGCCACACGGAGGACAAUAUCCAGCAAUAUACACGUCUAUGAUCAAUGAAGUCAGACAAGUAUACCCUAAGGGGGCAGAAGAUGCGCUUGAAGAUAGAUGUAGUCGAGCUCUGCCGGAAUUACAGGAGUUGGAUGACGGCUCUUCGUGGACCGCUUUCAUCAGAUUCAUCGCACAAUACUUGACCUUUUUGCGGGACAUAGAUGUUCAGAACUUGGACAAAACACAACUGGAAGCAUACAACCUGCUUAGUGAGUUGGUGCAGAAAUGCAACAGUGCGCUCAGCCAUGGGUCAAUGGGCAUUAUAAUUCUACCCACCGUCAUCGCAUGCUCGCGUAUGCUUGCGAAGCUUGCGAUUGUUCUGGACAAGCGGCCAGAGCUCCUUGCCAACGUCAGGCAACAAGCGGCGGAUGAUGGCAGCGAAACAAGGGAGACAUUGCCAGAAAGAGCGGCCAAUACUCUGAGACAAGCUUUCCAGACUUGUUUGAAUGACCGAACCGGCACAGCGACUGGUGUAAGAGAUGGCAAGCCAGAUGGAAAAAAGGCGGGAAUCUACACGAUUGCGAACCUUUGUCUCAAGAUUCUUUUUCAAUGCCAUAAGUCACGAAGCGCGGAUACGAUCUUUAACAACAUCCAAAACCAAUCUCCUCCAUUGGCAGUGUAUCCUCGACCAGAGCGCAUCACAUACCUAUAUUACCUCGGGCGUUUCCAGUUCUCCAACAACCACUUUUAUCGCGCACUUCUUGCUUUACAAGCAGCGUACGACCAAUGUCCUCCGCAACGUUUGAAUCAACGCCGCUUGAUUUUGAUAUACCUUGUAACCUGCAACAUUAUCCUCGGACGCUUCCCAUCACAGCAACUAUAUCAGCAGCCAGAGGCAGCUGGCCUGAUGGAGAAGUUUCAUCCGAUCUGUGUUGCUAUCGCAAAGGGGAAUUUGACACACUUUCGCCUACUCACAGAUAUGGAUACUCCAAAUGCGUCGUGGUUUAUCCACUACAAAAUUUUCUACCAGAUUCGCAGUCGCUGCGAAAUCAUGGUUUGGCGAUCCUUGGUGCGCAGGACAUUCACACUUCACGGAGAUCGAGGAGACCCGACCACUAGAAGAGCCCCCACUGUCGAUCUGCAGGACGUUGUCGCGCUGGCUCAACUCCUUGAGACGAGUGCGAACACAGCGCUCAACCGUCAAUCUAACGUCGACCCUGAUUUUGAUGGAGUCGACGAUGUCGAGCUUGAUCCGCUUCUACCAGAUAGCUACGAGAUCGAAAGCAUCGUAUCAUCUUUGGUUCACCAAGGACUUCUGGGGGGCUUCAUAUCGCACAAGCAACUGCGGUUUGCUAUUCAAGGAGCGAAAAAGAAGGGCGCAAUGGCAGCUGGGUUCCCCAACCCUUGGGCAAUCAUCACGGCGAGAUGCAGCGACGAGGUCCCAGGAUGGAAGAGAGAUAUAAGUGGUGCUGCAGUGAAGGCCGGAGGGGCAAGGGUAGUCAACUUGAGCGGGGCGAGACCGGCUGGGUCCGGCCCAGCUGGUGCGUGA